AUGACAACGAUUAUCAGUUUGUUAUUAUUCGUCAAUGUAUUUACAGUAGCAACGAUACUGCAAUUGAGCGGUGUUGUCGCAGAUCAUACAGAUCUGAAUUCAUGUUUUGUUUACAAGAAAGGUUAUCGAUUGGAACUGAGCGCAAAUGAUAUUGAAAGUACGGAAAGUGUGGAAUUUAAGGAUGAUUGUCUUAGAUCAUGUCUUCGAUCAUUACUUUCCGGUGGAUUCAUGUGUCGUUCAUUGAUGCAUAUGCCAAAAGAUGAAGACUGUGUACUCACUGCACUUGAUGGACAAAAAGCUGUUCGUAUAGAACAAAAACCAUCUCACAUACCUGUGAAUUUCUAUGAGAAUUUAUGUGCCAAACUUCCAGUACAAGGUGGCGUUGUUGAAGGAAUGUUGAGAGGUUUCCGAGGUGGAAAUGGCAUGAUUAAACUAACACAAAUUCAAGGUUCUAACUCGUUUGCACUUAUAAUUCUGGAUGGUGUUCAUGAGAAAAAGGAUUUUGACAUCACUUACUACAACGAAGAAAUCAAGGACUGCUUUAAAAUGACUACGGAUGAGAGAAAAAAUGGAAAGAAACUGCUAACUUUGGAUUCUGAUGGUGCAGGAAUGGCUGUUCAGCCAUGGACCGAAAUUGAAUUUGACAUACUCAACGAUUCAGUUCUCAAUAAAACAGUUACUGUAGCGGAGACAAGUACCGGUGAAGUGAUUCUCUGCGGGAAAUUAAAAGUGAAAGGAAGUAGGGAAGAGUGGGAAAGAGCCAAAAAUGGUAUACAAAUGUCCAGCAAAUUUUGUCUAACUGCUAUCCUUUGUAUUCUGGUGAGUGUUUUCAAACAAAUUCAUGACCUGCCUUUGAUUUAA